AUGACCGCGGUGAGCAAAUUGCUCGACGCCGGCGCAUGGUGUCACGCAGGUUUGGCGUGCUUCGUAGCACGGGUGCAGGUGGUGCAGGCCUCCUCAGAGGCCGUCGUCGACAACCAGGACUUGCUGAUUACCAAGUACAAGGAGAAGCUCCCGGGACUGCAAAGGAAACCCAAAGCAAAGGAAGUGUCCGCCAACCUGCCUUUGCCUCAGGAAGCGCGGAACAGCGACGUCCUUUCCGUAACAGAGGCCAACGUGGCACAGAUGGACGUGGAUCAUGAGACGGUCCCAGUUGUGGAGGAGGAUGCCAUGUCGUCCUACAGUACACAACGGGCAGCAUCCCGCUUGACAAACGCGCUGCAGGCCUACUUGUCCGCCCCUGUUGACCCUCCGGCGCUGGCGAGUAUCGGUGAGCAACACGAAGGCCUGGACAAGACGGUUUGGUUGAAACAAAAGCUUCGGCAUGACCUCGACAGACAGAUGGCUGAUGAAAAGCUGAAGCAGGAGCGUGCCAAAGCUGAAGAGCAGCGCUAUCUCCAAAUUCAGGUAGAAGCGACGCAGAAAGACAGGGAUGGCCAGCUUGCCUUGAUAAGAUCCCAAAGAGACGAGGACCGCCUCAAAGCGCGCCGGGAUCAAGUCCACAAGGACUUCGCGGAGACCGCGGAAGCAUCAAAGGCAAAAGCCGACGAACUGGCCGUCCACGAGCAGCAGCAAGUCGAGGCCUACGAAAAGCUGCGAGCUCAUCGGGAGGAGAAGCGCCGAGAAGCAGCAGAGAAGGAAGCAGCGCAGAGAAAGGAGAUCGAGAAAAACGCGGGUCUUCGAGCUAUGGCCAUGCAGAAAAUGGCUGACGAUACGGAGCUGAAAGCAGCGGCAGAGCGGGCAGCAAAGGAGCUUGCAGCCGAGAGACAGGAACAGGCCACCCGUAAAAGGCUGGAAGACAUGAAGAAUCAGACGCAGGAGUACUUGCUGCAGCAGAUGAAGGAGAAACAGCUCAAGAAAGCAACAGAGGCAGAGAAAGCGAGGCAGCUCGCUUCCGCACAGGCAGCUGAGGCAAAACAACUCGAGGCCCAGGAACAAGAACGAAUGGCCCGCAAAAAGAAGAUGAUCCACGAUCAUCGCAAAGACCUGGAACGGCAGAUUGCUGCAGAUACCUCAGACAUUGGCCCACAGCCACAGCAAUGCAUGCUUCUCACUGCUGAGGAGACCAUGAGUGACUGUGAGCUGCGGCUCAACAAGCAGCUGCUGGAGAAGGUCACGUUGGUCUCGGCCUUGGUGUACUUGUUGUGCGCAUGGUCGCCUCGCUUUUUCGGUGCCAUGAACCUCGGAGAAUCCACUUCCGAUGAGGCUUUCUCCCAUACCGAUGCCGGAGAUGACCUCGGCCUCGUAGGUUAUACCGAAACAGGUUCUGCUUCGGCGGAGUCGCAAGUCUUUGCGGAGACGCCAUCAGCAGGCUCCAAAGAGGCUUGGCAGACCUUUUGGCCAGGAUCAGCAAGCGUGCCAACAAACCGAAUUGGGCCGAAGCCGAGCUGGGUGUAUUCGAACACCGAGUUCAUGCAGCCUUAUACGACAAGUGGUGAGGGUGUUCCACGGCAGGGGCUGAAGGCUGCCAGAUGGUUCGACAACUCUGUUCUACAGUACAACGGUAUGGGCCAGCCACAGCUGCCUCCAUUCGGGGUCGGGGCGCGGUUAGUUGAGUCCUCGGCCGCCUCCACGUCUUGGGUGCAGCGGGCCGUGAAUACCAGCCUCCUGUGCAAAGAGGCUGGCUGCACAGCAACUUCGAAGCUGCAGGUUUUCGAUCCGCGGCAGGAAGAAGCCCAACUUUGCAGGCUCACGAUUGAAGUGCAUCCCACUGACUACGACAACCUGUGGAGCAAGGAAUUCGUUCGCAUCUGGAAGAUUAACGAACAUUUGGCCACCGCCAGGUGUGAUCCACAUGCGCUGGGCUGCAACGCAUCGGCCUGGCGGCCCUUGGUGCCGUGCUUGCAGGAUUUGAAUGUCGACCACCUGCUGGCUGAAACCGGCUCACUUCUCAUCGAAGGAUCCAUCAACAAGAUGGUGGAUGAGUGCCCCUACCAUGGCUAUCUGUUGAACGGCGUGGCUGUUGUCACUUGCAUGGCCCGCAAGAAGGUGGCCGAGAAAGCCCUGGCGGCGCCCCAUGCUUCCUUUGGUGGAGCUCCCAGCGACGCACGCCUCACAGCCAGGGAUCUCUCAAAUGGGGAGUUGAAGCGUUCCUUGGUUGCUGCGGGCGGUGCAGGGGCUCUUCAGGCAGCCGGUCUCAACGGUGUAGGCCAGGACGCCGGUCUCAACGGUGUACGCUUCGCGCACUUGGACGGCACCGCUGCCGACGACGCAAAUGGUUUAUUGGGUGCUGCCGGGGGUGCAGCUGUGCUGGGCAGUGACGGCGCUGGCAAUGGAAGCAGUGGAACUGGAUCGCUUUCUGAUGAGACACGAGCACUACUCGGCGACAGGGCUGCAGAACUGGACGAUGCGGCCCUGGCUGCUGCCGGUUUGAAUGCCGAAGAGAUCGCAGAGCUGCGCGCCAAAGCGAGAGCAAACUUCCUGGCAGAUGCGCUGGCGCCAGGAGCUGUCCUUUCCAACACCACCAGCAUGCAGUGCUGCGAGCCAGGAUGUGCUGUGAUGUCUGAGAUCCAUGUAGACCCGAUCUUCCUCAGAGCUGGUGCGACUUGCCUCAUGAAUUUCACGGUGGUGCAGACUGACUUUGACGAAGCUGUUGGCAACGACGUUGAACGGAUCGAGUUUAUCCAUGUUGAGGGCCUGGGCAACAUCAGCGAGGGCGUCAAGCCCGGAAGGAACUGCAAUGAAAACUGCUGCCCUUGUUUUCCGGAGCUUCCUAGUGUCGCUCCGGUCACGGCUUUGUUGCAGGAUCCAUCAGGUACAGCACAGGGAAAACCGUACCCAUGGAAGACCGAGCACGAGCCUCAGCAGAAAGGGGUGAUUGUACAAUCAAGUUUCGGCAGCAUCCAGAUGGCACUUCCGAACUUCGUGCAUUUCGUGCUCAAAGCUGUCAUUUGCUUCCUCGGCAGGCUGAGCUCAGAGGCUAGGCGAUACCACAAGGUCUCCCUUGCUGAGCAGGGCGAAGGCCUCCACUUGCUCGAGCAGGUGGAGCGGCGAGAUAGCCAACUGCAGGGCGUGCAAGCGCUGUACGAGCAGUACAGCGAAUGCCGGCGCAGCCUUCAGGCGGCCGAUGCCAACAAGCGUGUGCCUGGAACUGGCUACUUAGUUCCGAAGGACGUAGCCGAGGCCAAGGAGCUGCACAAUGCAGCCGAGAAGCUGCUGCGGCACAAGGAAUCUCAGAUCCAAGAGCUGCAGAGGCACAACAAGGAGCUGCUGGAUGAGCUCCAGCGAAAGGAGCUGGCCCACACUCACACCUGCAGAGAGGCUACACGGCUGUCCCAGGAGAAUGGGCACUUGAAAGCCACGCUCGGGCGGCUAGUUGCGCAGCAAAAGCGGGAGCUUCAAGGCGAGCUGCAGGAAAAGGAGUUAGCCCACCUGGAGACCUGUCGCGAAGCGACAAGGCUAGCUCAGGAAAAUGGGCACUUGAAGAGUGAGCUGAGCCGUCUGCAACAGAGGUUGCGCCAACAGACGGACAUUGAGGGUUCCUCGGAGGCUCCUGCUUGUCACAAUGCCACGGUCGAUUCGGGGAGGCCCAGAGCAACGGAGAUGCUGGCAAAGGACGCAGUGUGCCCUAUCGAGGCCGAGGUUGAAGUCAUCAAAGUUCACCUGCAUCCGCAGGACGUUUCCCGGUUGCAGGCUUUGGCCACCAAACUGGCCCAAUGGCUCCUGGCAGAGGAGGGGUUUGGACGCAGUUUGGACGACUUCUUCCGUGCUCACAGCCAGUAUUUCGAUGAUUACCAGGAGGAGCAUGCUCUCCACUAUACAACCUUGCACAAGGAGUUCAGCGCAAAAUUGGAGGCGGAGGUUGAGGGCUGGCUGGCCGAAGAAGGGCUGACCACUGAUGACCUGGCCGUGAUCCUCAAGGCUGCCAAGGAGAGCGUGACUGGCGAGGACCCUGCUGCAGAAGUCGACUUAGUGGAAAUGAUGCUGGAGGCCGUCGACUACCAGAAGUGGAUUGGCUCCAUCUUCGCGAUCAAGAGGCGCAUCCGCGAGCGACGCAAAGUCCGUGCUCGCAAGGCUCCUCCACCGCCUCCGCCGCCCAGCGAAUCCAAAGUUGUCGAUGUGGUGGUGCCGGAGGGCGUGGCGCCUGGAGAAUCCCUGCGCAUCUCAGUGGACGGUGUGGGCUACGACGUGGUCGUUCCGGAGAGCUUUGAACCUGGAAUGUUCGUGGACGCUGAAGGUUUUGUCAGACUUGUCACUGCAGGUCAGAGCACCUCAGGGCCAAAUUCAAGGAUUGGAUGA